CCUUAGCCGGUAACGUGUGUGCGCUGUUGUGGAGCGAGGGGUCGGCUCCAUCCCCACCCGGAACUUCUAACGUUAGGCCGGGACUCCUCCUCCUCCGUUUAAUCUUCACCCCGGCCCUUGGUGCUGCUUUACGGCCACACAGCGGCUCUUUCCAGUAACAUCUUGAAGUAUCUUGUACUGUCAGUGUGGCCUCUGCUGCCUCACUGCUCACCAGUUCCCCCUCUUUCUACCUUUCGGCUCACUAGUGUCCUCCUCCUGCCUCACAGCUCACUAGUGCCCCACCCCCUCACUCACUUGCCCCACCCUACUCAUUAGUACCCCCACUUCCUACCUCUCUGCUCACAAGCCCCUCGUUCUGCUUCACUGUUUACAAGUGCUCCCUAGUGCCCCUUUUCUUACCUCACUGCUCACUAGUGCCCUCUUCUGCUCACUAGUGCCCUCUUCUGCUCACUAGUGCCCUCUUCUGCUCAAUAGUGCCCCACCUUUCUUACUAGUGCUACAUUUCCUAUCUCCCUGCUUACCAGUGCCCCUUCUCCUGCUCACUAGCUCCUCCACCUCCUCAUUAGUUCUCUCUUCAUCUCUUUCACCACUUUAUACCCAUUAAUACCCCCUGCCUCACUUCUCACUAGUGCCCCCUCCUCCUCUAGUGUACCCCUGCCUCACUUCUCACUAGUGCCCCCUCCUCCUCUAGUGUACCCCUGCCUCACUUCUCACUAGUGCCCCCUCCUCCUCUAGUGUACCCCUGCCUCACUUCUCACUAGUGCCCCCUCCUCCUCCUAGUGUACCCCUGCCUCACUUCUCACUAGUGCCCCCUCCUCCUCUAGUGUACCCCUGCCUCACAAAUCACUAGUGCCCCCUCCUCCUCUAGUGUACCCCUGCCUCACUUCUCACUAGUGCCCCCUCCUCCUCUAGUGUACCCCUGCCUCACUUCUCACUAGUGCCCCCUCCUCCUCUAGUGUACCCCUGCCUCACAAAUCACUAGUGCCCCCACACUCUACCCCCCCGGUACACAAUCGUGUCUUGGUAUUACCACUACUGAUCAGAGGGGCACCUUCAUCUCUCGCCUGCUGGCCAUGGCGUCCAAGUCUGGGAAGCUGUUUGAUCUGGAGGGGAGCUGCGUCCUGUGCUGUCAGGAGUUUGAUGUGUUCGCUCUAGGGAAGUGUGACCACCCCGUGUGCUACCGCUGCUCCACCAAGAUGCGGGUUCUGUGCGAGCAAAAGUACUGCGCCGUGUGCCGGGAAGAGCUGGACAAGGUGGUGUUUGUUAGAAAAGUUGCGCCCUUCUUAAGCAUCAACACCUCCCAGAUGCAAUGUGAGAUGAAACACGACAUCUACUUCAGUGAUAGCAAACUUUUCUCUCUCUUCAGGCGCUUGCUGCAGCAUGAAUGUCACCUGUGCCCUGACAUGAGACCCUUCCACGCCUUUGCUGACCUAGAACAGCACAUGAGGAAACAUCAUGAGCUCUUCUGCUGUAAACUCUGUCUGAAGCACCUGAAGAAUUUUACCUAUGAGCGGAAGUGGUAUUCACGGAGGGAUCUCGCCCGUCAUCGCAUCCAAGGCGACCCAGAAGACACAUCCCAUCGUGGCCAUCCUCUCUGCAAGUUCUGUGAUGAGCGUUACCUUGACAAUGAUGAGCUGCUGAAGCAUUUGCGCAGGGACCACUAUUUCUGCCACUUCUGUGACUCUGAUGGGGCUCAGGAAUACUACAGUGACUACUCAUUCCUGAGGGAGCACUUUCGCGAGAGUCACUUUCUGUGUGAGGAGGGGAGGUGCAGCACGGAGCAGUUUACACACGCCUUUCGGACUGAAAUUGACUACAAGGCACACAAAACCUCCUGCCAUAGCAAGAACCGCGCCGAAGCACGCCAGAACCGGCAGAUCGAUCUUCAGUUCAGCUAUGCUCCAAGACAUAGUCAUAGUCGCAGAGCUGAGGGUGUAGUUGGAGGGGAAGAUUAUGAGGAGGUGGAUCGAUAUAACAGACAGGCAAGACCAGUAAGGGGGUUGGCACGUGGAGGUCAGCAGAACCGCAGGGGGAGCUGGAGGUAUAAAAGAGAAGAGGAAGAUCGAGAGAUUGCUGCUGCAGUGAGAGCGUCUGUAGCAGCCAGAAGACAAGAAGAAACUGGGAGAAAACAAGUCCUGGAAAAUGGCGAUGGCCCAAAAAGUAGGACGGAGGACUUUAGGGAUCCUGAGGAGGGACGCAAAGCAAAACCUAUCCCUAAAUCCUCUGGAGAUACCACAGGUCCAAAAGAAUUGGGUAUGACCUCAAACUCCUCCAACGGGGUAUUGAAGCCAGAAGACUUCCCAGCUUUUGGCUCUGCUGUGGCUGCACCAUUGAGUGCACCUAAACCAGCUCCUGUUAAAUCAGCUCCUGUUAAACUAAAGGAAGAGGAUUUUCCAAGUCUGUCGUCCACCUCAGGCUCCUCCUCAGCUUCCCCCUUCCCUGCUGGGCCAUCGUACACUUCUUCAGCAAGGUCUUCAAAAGCUUUCCAUGAAGAGGAUUUCCCAGCCUUGGUGUCCAAUAUAAAGCCUGGUAAACCACUAUCGGCUGUCACCUCUGCUUGGACAACUUCCUCUUCUAAAAGUUCCACAAAACCCUCUUCACCUACCAUAGCUGCUUCAAGCAAAGUAUCAAAGAAAGCCGCCCAGCCGAGUAUCUCAAAAGGUCCCUACAAGAAACUUCAGAGACCUCCUUCCCUCUCCGACGAUGAAGAUGACGGUACAGGGAUAACUGCGCAGGAAUUCCGCAAUGCUCCGACCAUGAUGGAUAUCUCUAAGCUGCUCACCACAUCUUCUUCCCAAACAAGUGGGAAAAGCAACAGAAAGAAGCGCGUGGGAUCAGAGCAUCCAAGCCAUUCAUCCCCAGGUCUUACUGUAGAAGAAAGGUCGACGAGUUCUUCCCUCAAAGAGAAUGCCACAGAGAUUGAGCGCACCCCGACACCCCCUGCAACAUCAAUCCUCAGCGAUAAGUCAAACACAGUUGUUAAUGGUCUCAGUGAGAAAAAGGUGCCGGACAAAGGAAGUGGCUGUAAAGAUCCCCCUGGGCUGAAGACUUUGUCCUAUGCAGGUCCAAAGUACCCUGGACCAGAUGAGGAUUUUCCAGCAUUGGGGAACAGUAACUCGAUGAGGAUGCCACCACCAGGAUUUUGUCCCGUAGUGACUGCCGCACCUUUGCCACCUCCUCCAGGAUUGUCCUCAUCGGUUGGGAAGCCUCCUCCAGGAUUUACCAAUGUAUCAUCGGCGCCUCUCCCUGCACAGCCACCCGUCAAACCAGUGAAGGAGACUUACCUCAGACCUGAGAACUUCCAGCAAAGAAACAUCCACCUGAUCGACUCCAUCAAAGAUUACCUGCACAGCGACGAGUCCAAGUUCAAUGAAUUUAAGUCCUAUUCUGGCAAGUUCAGACAGGGAUUGAUAUCUGCCUCUGAGUAUUACAAAGCUGCCAUCAACUUCUGGGCGAGAACUUCAGUCUGA